AUAAUGAUACCAGAGGAAUCGAACAAUCUACAGCUAAAACUAUCUUCACCAAAAUAGAAAAUUUUAACGAUACUUCUGAACAGAUAGACUUACAAACUAAGAAUACUCUAAUAUCUGAUAUAAUGAAUAAUAUUUUUUCAGAAUUAUCUAAAAAUAAACUUAAUAAUGCUCCAAAUUCUGAUAUAUCUUUUAAAAUAAAAAGAUCAAAUUUCUGA